UAUUCUGAGUAUCAUACGACGAGAUCGUCGAGGGGAUGGCGAGCUACGACGACAAUGAAACCAAUCUAGUGGAGGACGAGUACGACGACCUUGAUGAUUUCAUAGUCGGAAGCGAGGACGGCGAUAAUGUGGCCGGGGAGGAGGAUCAGGACUUACCGGAGGCUUAUGAGGAUGAGGAUGAGGAUCAGGAAGAAGAGGAAGAGGAAGAGGAGGAGGAGCCUCCGGUUGGCCAGCAGGAGAUCCUUUCCUUUAGGGAGCAAUUAAAGGCCAAUGCCAGGAGAAAAUACCAGGCCAACGCCGGUAGCUGCUCAUCGUCCGUGCAACCGCCGGUCAAUUCCACAUUUGGCACCUUCUUUGGGCCAUCCACGCCUGCACUUGCUCCCAGACUCAUCGAGGCAGGGUGCUCCUCGAUAAUGAAAGAUAUUCAGAACGUGCCGUCCAGAAAAGUUGCUGUGCCGCCGGCUUCCAAGACGAAGCCAGAUGCAAGCGCCCACCAGCAGAAACCCAAAAUUGUAACUCAGGAGAAACGAAAGGUUGAUACGCUUCGAGAGAAUCGGGACUACUCGAACCUCUUCUCUGACGAUGCAGAUACCCCACCAAUGAAGGAAGAACCUGAAAUUAAGCCUGUCGUGGCUCCUAAAUCUGGUGUUGAAGUUGGUGGGAUGAAACCGACGCAUUCUGCUGGAAAAAAAAAAGUGCCUGCAACUACAACCCAACCUGCCAGAGCAUCCACGGGCCAUGGACCCAUCCAGAGUCGUGUGCAGAGUAAGGUGUGUUCUCAGGUGAAGCGGCCUCUGCCAAACGGGCGGAAGACGAAUAAUGCUGUCAAGAACGGAUCCAUGUCUCCGAAGGUCAUGAAAUCACCGGUGUUACAGCCAUCCUCCAAUGGACAAAACCUGCAGCGCUGGAUGCAGAGCAAGAAGCCACUCUCGUCACCGGCUGUCCAGAGGCAGCAGUCACAAAUCCAGCGACCACCGCAGCAGAGUCAGAGGCAGCAGAACCACGCCCUACCGUCGACGCAAGCCAGGAAGAUGAGUUCUUCUGCCCAAAGCCAGCCGCCUUCCCAGAAGGGCUCUGUUCAGUCCCACGACAGGCCGAAGUUAGGACAGAGACAAUUGGCUCCUUCCUCAAAACCACAGCCAUCUCGAGCAAAUGCAGUUUAUGGCGAUCAGGCAAAGAAAAAGGGUGCAGUGAAGAGGAAACCCAGGGAAGAGGACAAAGCUAUUCAGAUGAUCAGAUCCAUGUUCAAAUACAAUCCUGAUAAAUGGGCAGGCAGGGAUGAAGAUGAUAGGGGCAUGGAGGCAGAUUAUGCCAGCAUACAGAAGGAAGAGAGAAGAAGUGCAAAACUUGCAAGAAAAGAGGAUGUCGAGCAAUAUCAACUGAUCCAGGAAGAGGAGCGGCAAGAGCGGGCCAGGAAGAAGAGAAAGCAACGGGAGCAAUCCUAGAAGGUUCCCGGACCGUACGGACACCUCCGUUUGCGUAGCGAAUGUUAUCGUAUUGCUCGCAUUGCGGUGACGCGCCUAGUAAUGAAAAGUGUGCACUUUAAUACGGAGUAUUAUUUUCCGGGACAUAAAGUUAAGGAUUGUCAUCUCACAAGUCACGAGACCAUAGAUUGUUGAAUUUUUAUGGUCUGUCUUGUUCGCA